AUGGAUUUUGUCACAUGGUAUGAAAUUGCCAGAUGUUUACAAUCCUCUUGGGGUUUGCAAUUUUUUUAUGUAUGGUCUCUGGGAUUAGCAUCUCGAGACCCAGUGGCGAGAAUUGAGUUUAAGGCAUACCAUUCGAUUCCCUAUGUUCUGAUGAAUCGAAUUCUAGAUUCCGAGCCCAAAGAUGCGAGACAUGAAAUUAUUCAUGGUGAAAAUAGCAAAAGCACCAUAAUCGUAGAACAACCCGCAAUUAUUUAUCACGUGACACAAUCUAUGAUGGAAAUACAUGUAGCAAAUAUCUUACUUAUGUAA